AUGGACCUUGUCACUGUUCUUCUGUUCAUAGUGGUUAUCCUGUUUUUGGCCACAGUCUAUAAUGAUCAAAAACAAGACAAAAACUAUCCUCCAGGGCCAAAACCUCUGCCGAUCAUCGGAAGCCUGCAUAUGGUCAACCCAAUGAGUCCUCAGAAAGAUUUUAUGAAGCUGUCCAAGAAAUACGGCCCAGUAUUUAGUAUCCAGCUGGGUUUGGAGAAGUUGGUUGUCCUAUGUGGUUAUGACACCAUAAAAGAUGCACUAAUCAACCACUCCGAGGAAUUUUAUGAAAGACCAGAUGGUCCACUGUUUGCUAAAACAACAAAUGGAAAUGGUAUUGUCUUUGCUCAUGGAGAGAACUGGAAGGUGAUGAGGAGAUUCACUAUUGCAACACUACGGGAUUUUGGAAUGGGAAAGAAAUCUAUAGAGAACAAAAUUAGGGAGGAAGUGAUAUGUUUAAUUCAGGAAUUCAGAUCCCACAAGGGAAAUCCCUUUGAUAAUUUGACCAUCGUCAACACAGCUGUAGCCAACAUAAUUGUGUCUAUAUUACUUGGUAAGAGAUUUGAAUAUGAUGAUCCAAUCAUACUAAAGCUCAUGCGCAUGAUUAGUGAAAAUAUCAGGACCUUUGGAAGCACUAUGGUCAGACUUUACAACAGCUAUCCAACACUGAUAGGCUUACUCCCUGGCGCCCAUCAAAAGAUUUUUGAAAAUUUCAAAUCAACUCAAAAUUUCAUAAAGGAGGUAUUUACAAAACAGAAAAAGGAACUGGAUAUAAAUGACCAAAGGAACUUCAUUGAUGCCUUCUUGGCAAAGCAACAAGAGGGAAAUCCAGAAUCUACCGUUUAUUUCCACAAUGACAACCUGACUGUUCUGGUGGACAACCUCUUUGUGGCUGGGAUGGAGACAACCUCUACCACUCUGCAAUGGAGCCUCUUGCUAAUGAUCAAAUACCCAGAUAUACAGAAAAAAGUUCAAAAUGAAAUUGACAGAGUGAUUGGAUCAGCUGAACCACAAAGUGAGCACAGGAGGCAGAUGCCGUACACUGAUGCCGUCAUUCAUGAAAUCCAGAGGUUUGCUGAUAUUAUACCUCUGAAUGCCCCACAUGCAACUGCUAAAGAUGUCACAUUCAAAGGGUACAGCAUUCCAAAGGGGACCACUGUUAUCCCAUUGCUGACAUCUGUUCUGAGGGAUGAAGCUUACUUUGAAAAACCAGAUGAAUUUUACCCUGAACAUUUUCUCGACUCAGAAGGAAAUCUGAAGAAAAAUGAGGCAUUUAUACCAUUCUCGAUAGGUAAGAGAAGCUGUGCUGGAGAGAACCUAGCAAAGAUGGAGCUGUUCCUGUUUUUUACAACACUUCUGCAAAACUUCACCUUCCAGGCUCCUCCUGGUGUUGAUCCAGACUUGACCCCUGCGCUGGGGUUUACUAGUGCCCCCUUACCACACAGGAUUUGUGCUAUACCACGCAGUUAG